CAGUCAUCCUCCUGCUAGUCCAUGCGUCCCCCCGUCCCCCUCGAUAGACGCGCAGCCGAAUAAGCUCCCCAUCCACCGACCCACCCAACCAAACCCGUGCAUUGCACCCAAUCAUCCAUCCAUCCAUCUAUCGACAAAGCUAUUCCCUCCCUCCCUCCCUCCCUCGCUGCCUGUCUGUCUGCUCAGACUGCCCCUCACCUCACUCAUUUGCCCUUGGGUUUGGGCUGCUUGACUACCCACUUGUCCAGCGACGCCUGCUUCCCGCGGCCACCCCUACGCCAACCCCUGCCCCCACCGCCAGCCUGCCGGCUACUGCCCACACCAGGGCCAUGUGUGAGCUUCGCCCCACAUUCUGCCCCGAAUCCCCCCGAUGCUGCUGCUGCUGCCGGUGCAGCAGCUUGCCCGUCCUGCUGCUGUGAUGGUGACUCGUCGGACGGUAGCUGGAAUGCCGCAGCAGAUCCGGGGCCAAAGGAUGGCGUGAAUCCUGGCAGUGCUGCAGCUGCGGGUGACACGGACAUUUCGGAAUCGGUGAUGGGCGAGGAGUCGGGGUGGUGUGCUGGCGGGGGCUGGGAGGGGGUCUCGUCGGUGUUCUGCAUCGGGUGGUCGUUCGGCUGCUGCUGCUGCUGCUGCUGCUUUUCACGCGGCUCGGUGGUGGUGCUGUCCCCCGACUCCUCCUUUUCGACCUGCAGUGGCACCACAAUCACACACACAAGGAGAGGCAGAUGAGUCCAUGGCCCAGUGGGCGCCCGCCCGCCUGCCCCAUGACCGGCCUACCGGUUUCUUUGGCUUGGCCCUGCAGGCCCCCUGGUAGGCCACGUCGGUCAGGCUCAUGUUCUCGAGCUUAAGGUACACCUCGGGCGGCACCUCGUCCGCACGCCCCGCACCCGCCGGCUCCUCCUGUCCGUCGUUCUGCGACGUCGGCUGGCUGAAGUCCAUAAAAUGCUUCUCCAUGUCACCAAACGCCACACCAUGGGCGAGGACGCUGCGGCGCUUCUUGGAACGCCGAGCUGCCGGGGAGCCGUCGGGCGAGCGGACGGCAGCGUGCGGGCUCGGCGACUUGGGAAUGCCGGGUGACACGGGUGCGGGUGCGGGUGGCGGGGAGAGGAAGGGGUGGUUGAGGACGCCAUCGAUCUUGAGGCGCUGACAGGAAGGAGAGGAGGGAGAGCGAAAGGAGGCAUUUCUCGUGUGGGAGGGGUCUGUGUGUGUGUAUGUGUAUGUGUAUGUGUGUGGUUUCUAUGCCCACCCUCUCAUGGUUGGUCUGCAGCAGGGAGGUCACGAGAUUCUUGGCUGGCACGACAACAACAAGGAAAUGUGCAUCCGUCUGGCACGUGUGUGUGUGUGUGUGUGUGUGUGUGCCCGCCCUACCCUGGGCCGAUAUGUGCUGCCAUUGUGCGUGUGCCAGUGAGUAGGCGCCCGCGCAGAUCUGCUGCUUGAGCAUGUCGUCAUCGAACGGAGACGUGGCACUCAACCUGCACACACAUCACACACAGACGUACACGAGACCCAUUGAGGCAGACCUUCACACACGAGUCCGUCAGACAGGCAUGCAGACAGACAUACAUGACGUAUAGGAUGACCCCGAGGCUCCAGAGGUCCACUUCCUUGCCAUACCCCGCCGCACGGCCAUCCUGCGUCCCAAACACCUCGGGCGCUGACAACACGACAACACACACAUGCAUCCAUCAAAUGUCGCUGCGCCUGCUGCCCGUCGACCGCCACACAUACGUACCGGUGUAUUGGGGCGUGCCGCAGAAUGUGCGCAUCACAGACUUCUCGCGUGAGUAUCUGAAUGAACACAGCAGCGGGCGAAACAGGUCUCCGUGUGUGUGUUGUCCGUGGUGCGGUUGUCGGGUCUCUUGGUGGCCCACUGACUUUGCGAGCCCGAAGUCGGUGAGUUUGCAUCUGCCGUCGAGGCUCUUCUCCGUCAUGAGUAUGUUCUCAGGCUGUGUGCAGAGAGAGAGAAGCGAGAUGAAUGAAUGGAUGUGUGUGUGCGUGUUUGUGCUGGUGGGUGCCACAGUUGCCUUGAGGUCCUGACAGAGGAAGAGAGAUCAAUGGGAGACACAGACGUCAUGAGACAUGUGUGUCUAUAUCGUGGGUGUCAUUGCGCGUGUCUGUCUGUCUGUCUGUCUGGCAGGCUCACUCACUCACCCGGUGGACGAUGUUGUUGCGAUGGAGGUAGGCCAGGCCCUCACAGAUCUCCCGAAACAUCCGCUGAGUGGUCUCCUCCUUCACAUGAGACACAACACAUUCAGACAUCCAUCCAUCCAUCCAUGUGCGUGUCCGUGAGCUGGUGUGACAUAUGUACCGGUAUCGGGCCGUGGUCCAGUAUGAAAUCCAGAAGAUCGCCACCAGGAGCUCUAGCAAAGGAGAGAGGACGGCACACAGGCAUGGGUGGCUUCAUUGUGGGUGGAUGGCAUUCAUUGUCUGAGAGUGGGCGUGGCGUACAGUUCGAAGACGAGGUAGAGGUAACGGUCGUCGGUGUAGUGUUUGUGCAGCUGGAUGAUGUUCUCGUGGUGCAGGUUCUCCAAUACCUGCAGCCAUCACACCCAUCCAUCCAUCCAUCCAUGGAUGGAUUUCGUAUGUGUCAGUGUCAUCGCGCGCGCGCGUGUGUGUGUGCGUGUGUGCGUGUGGAGGGUUGCCCACUUGGAGCUCCGUGAACUGGUCGAGGUUGCUCUUCUGCUUGUUCUUGAACUGCACAAACUUGCACAUGUCGAUCUGCUUGAUCGCAACACUGAUAGAUCCACACAAUACACAACAAACGGCACACACCACACCCAUCAGUUACCCUCCUUCCCCCUUCUGUGUCGAUUUCAUUUGGUGUUACGGCGUGUCGGUGGCCCGCUCGAUGGCAAAUUUGACAGUGCUGAAGUGACCGCUGGAUGACAGCACAUAAGACAUGUGUUUCCUCCUUCCAUUAUCGUCUUGACCGCAUCCGCCGCCUACCUGCCCAGCUCUUCGCCGAUGGCGUAGUCCUCGUGAAUCGAUCCCUGCCAACACGCAAAACACACACACACACACACACACACAUGGACAACCAACUCUCAUUCGUUGGACUGACUGAGAGACAUCAAGCGUACUUACUGGUUUUGGCUCCUCUGCCGGCGUGACCUCCAUGAAGCAAAACACAGGGGCCCCUGCAGACACACAACACCACACCACACAACAACACACGCAUGCAGCUGCCUGGCUGGCUGAUGUGUCUGUCACUUAGAGUGAGUGUGACCAUGCACACUUACACUUGAUCUGCUGGUCGGGGUGGUUCUGAACGCUCAUGGCCUUGACCGAGUUGACGAUUAGGGAUAUCUCCGCACCGUUGGUGAGGAUCUCGCUCCCGUCGCCCCCACGGCCCUCGCCACCCGAUCCUGCCGGCAUCAGCCGCCGACCGUCUAGAACUGCACACGCAACACAACGCACACACAAAGAUGCGGGAACGCCACGCCCCAUCCAUGUGGUUGUGCGUGGUUGCCCGACUGACUGCCUCACGCGUACACGUGCCGUUUCUGCUGGAGUCCUUGAUGCGCCACACGUACUUGCCCUUGCUCAGCUUGGAACGGCUGAUUGUGCAGUGCUUGCCUGUGUGAACAUCACAUAAGUAUCGUGUAUAUGGAUUGGAUGAGGGUGUGGUGUAGGUACUGUAUCCAUGUGUGCUCUAUCAGCCCAUGCCUGAUAUCUUGUCGUGCGCAAUCUGGCAGUCGGCGUAGGGCGACCUGCCGAUGACGACCUUCUCAGGGUCCUUCUGCCGGAGGUAGAUGGUAGGAAACAGCGGAUUCAGCGAUAUCUGCACACGCAUAAAGGCCAACAUGGCAUGCACGUGAACAGGAGAUCCAUCCAAUGAGAACCUUUCUCGUCGGCAGCGUACAUACCAGUUUGGCGAUGAUGGGGUCGUCUAUGAACUGCAUCCCCUGAUCCUGCGUGUCAUUCGGCUGUGUCUGGGUCGCCACACACCCACCAACACCGAUAUCUCCUCCUCCUCCAGCAGCAGCAGCAGCCGGGACAUCCUGCUCUGCGCCCGCGGCACUCCCGCCGUCUAUUGCAGCUGCAUCGGGCAUCACCUGGUCGUCCGCCGAAGGUCCGCAUGGCAACCGCGAUGGGUAGAGCUCCGAUUUGAUGCCAUCAACCGUACGCUUCGACAUCGGCAACCGUAUUAACUAUGGAUGUAACGCGACCAGGGGAUGAUUGCUUUCGCAACUGCUUCCAGCCUGCCUGGCGGCGGUCUUGCUCGAAGCUGGACAACCAACUAGAAUAAAAAUUGCGGGUGGAAAG